UUAGUGGCUGGCAAGGCGUUGCAGGCGGCGGUACGAGAAUCGGUCGCGUUUACAGCUGAACGGCGAAAAUACACAUAUAUGAAAUAAACAAUCGCUGCUGCAUAAAAUAGGUUUUUGAGGGACACAAGAGUGCCAGUGGCAGUGCUGCAAACAAAUAUUACGCAUACGCCGGGUGGGACGGAUCGCGGUACUGCUGAUUAACACGGGAAUCUUUGCAAAAUGGCUGCCAUGCAGUCUGGCGGACGACCCCGCGAGCGAUUGCUGUACGCCUUCCGGGGAUGGAUAGCAUUCGUGGCCUUCAUGGACCUGGGCACGGCCUUUAGGAGCUACAUAGAAAGACGCAGCUUCCUGGGCGAUCACAGCGACACCCAGUUCAUAGAGGGGGACUACACCAUAUCGCGGAUCAUCGGGAUGUACUGCCUGCUGAAGGCCAUCGCUCUCGUCCACUGCACCCUCUACAUUCACUACAAGCCGGUGGUCAGCAUGGGCGGCUGCUCAUUGGCCCUCACCAUGGUCUUCUAUGCCACCGAGGCACUCUACUUUCGCUCCAGCACCAUUAACUUCUACGUGAUCUUCCCGUGUGUGCUAAAUUCUAUAACUCUACUGGGCCUCAUCUAUAUACCCAAACGACUGCGGCUCUGGGAGCCAAAUAUGGAUCUGGAUGACGAAAACUCACAGCUGCUCAAGCAAAUGACGGGCUUCAAGAGACGACGAGCGAAAAAACAAUAGUUUAUUACUAUCUAGAAAUAUGAAAAGCAAUAACCGGAAGACACUGAGUUGAGUUUCCGUUAGCACAGUAUUGUGAAAGAAUCGCAAAUUUCGCUUUGGACUGCAUUGGUGUGAUAGAAUCGGCAUCAUGUUCAUCAUUAUAUAUACUCAAUAGCAAUACUGAAAACAACGCCAAAUUAGUGAUUUUCUAUGAACUAGGUAGUGAAGGGUCUAAAUGGCCCCGGAAUAAGUCAAUUUCUGGCAUAAUCACUUCAAGACAUACAUAUGUUGUACUUCCUUUUUAUAAAGCGUAUUUAUAUACAUUUAAAAAUGUAUGGCACAAUAGAGUUUUUGCACUUUUAAGAGUUGAAAAUCGAUACUAGGAAAUAUUUAUCUAAUUAUCAGAGACAUCUAGCACCCGAGUUAAAUAAUUAAAAUCGAAAGGCUUUAAAUUAACAAAUAAGCUCAUAAUCAUCUUAUUUACAUAUACGAUUAUCAAUUUAUGGAUCAUGCUUCCGUAUCGAUCAUAAAAUUAAGGAACAUUUUAUAGUCAUUACGUAUGAUUGAAUGUUAUGUAAACCUAAAAAAAAGAAAAUACAAUAAUAGUUUUGUACGAAUUAUGUAGAUUAUGUUUCAAUAAAAAUUUGAAUUGAC